AGAGGCAGGAGUGGGCAGUCCCGCUCCAAGACAUGUGAUCGCUCCCUCUCCUUACAGCUGGGCUACAUUGUAAUACACGCACGCUGCCAGUUGCGCACACUGGCUCUACCUUUUUUUUCCACAUUCACAGAGUCUGUACUUGGUGCGCCCGGGCGGCACAGACAGGGAGCUCACACUAUCAGAGGCGGCAGUAGCGCUUUCUCAAUGGGGAGACACGGCCAAGAGAACACAGAGCGACCCUUCCACUGGAGCCUUCCGCUGCGCGCCUUCACCGGCAAGUGAAAAGACGCGGCUAAAUCAGCGCCCUGUCAUUUCAGCAGACUUCUUCUACAGCGGAGUGAUUUAAAGAAAGAAACUGACUGCACUGAGAAGACAUAGACCUGUUUCUUUUCCUCCAGCGCCGACUUAACCAGCGUCCCAGCGGUCUCCAAAUCUCCUGACAUCUCCAAAGAAAGGAAUAACUGAAAAGUACAGCAUUGCAGACCGCUUUUUUUUAGCCUGGAUAAUUUGGCAGUGAACCCUUAUUUCGGGAAAAAAUGGAUGGAUUUAGCGGAGAAGAUUGAUACUGCUGGAGAGGCAGGCAGUGACUGUGACAGCUCAUUUUCCUCCUAAGCAUCAGUUGUCCCGUGCCAUGUCGUGGUUGUUGGCCGCAUGGUUUUGCCUGGGCUGGGUGCUCCUGUGCCAAGCCACCCUCUACCAGACCAUCCAGCAGCACCACGUGGCCCGGCCUGGCCACACCGAGAUCCUAACGCUGGAGGGAGGCACGUGCGAGGUGAUCGCUGCUCACCGCUGCUGUAACAAGAACCGCAUUGAGGAGCGCUCGCAGACAGUCAAAUGCUCCUGUUUACCUGGGAAAGUGGCCGGGACAACACGCAACAAACCCUCCUGUGUGGAUGCGUCCAUCGUAAUUGGAAAAUGGUGGUGUGAGAUGGAGCCGUGUCUGGAGGGAGAGGAGUGCAAGACUCUGCCUGACAACUCGGGAUGGAUGUGCUCCUCUGGGAAUAAAAUCAAGACCACGAGGAUUAAUCCCAGGACCUAACAGAGAGCGCCUGUCACCCCAUCCCACCACAACCACCUAUCCUUCGCCUAUCCUCAGACUACCACACCCAUGGCUACAGUGAACUGGAUUACCUGGGAUUGCAGAGAGGACAUCCAUCCUGU